UAUACCUCGACGCUGAAUAAUUAUUCUGCCCUUCAUAGUUUCUUUAUAUAAUAUAAUUAACAUUGCCGAUGAAUGUGGAGGAUUGUUUUAAAAUAAAGGCCACUUUAUAUCUCCGCACUUACUUACGAUACGGAAUUAUUAUGGCUGUUAAUCGAAGUCCAAGCCCAUACUACCUAACUGAAACCAGAUAAGAAUUUUCAACGUUUGCUGCAUAACCUUAUUUUAUUAUCUACAUCCUUUGUAUAUUAAUAAACAUAGUAAUAUUGAACUUUCACAGUCUGUUAAGUGAAAAAUAAAUAUCCAUCACCGAGAUUAAACUCGACGUUUUGUAUAUACGGUAAACGUAAGCCUUUAAGUUUUUUUAAGAGAUGUGGGUGUCCCAUGACGGCCAUUCUAAAUGCGUACAAGAACCUGUCCUUGAGAAACCAAACAUGGACCAUACUGUCGACAAUUGAGCAAAACUUGCACAUAUGCAUCUUCUACCCACUUGACAGCCUUACUAGUGGCGGACAAUAACUGAGUUGGCAACAUGGAGGAAGGUCUCCUUUCAUUAAAGUGGAACAACCACAAAUCUACAUUCUUCCAUGUCCUUUCCAUUCUACGAGAGAAGCACACAUACACUGAUGUGACAUUAGCCUGUGAGGGACGGUUAUAUCCAGCCCAUAAAUUUGUGCUAUCAACGUGUAGUGAAUACUUCAGUGAUAUAUUUACUUCCACAAGUGGUAACAAUAUAGUUAUUGUACUUAAAGAUGUUAGAAGACAAGAUCUUGAGUAUUUGCUUGACUACAUGUACCUGGGGCAAGUUGAUGUCGCUCAGUCAGAGUUAUCGAGCCUUAUAAAAACCGCCGAGUGCCUUAGAAUAAAAGGGUUAGCCAUCCCAGAUGAUGAACCCCAGCAGACCUCAAGAAGAGGUCUAGAUGAACGAGACAGAGAAGGAAGCCCCCCUUCCAAGAAGAAGAGACACUUAAUGGAGGAUGAUAGACCUAGUAGCAUAUCCACUAACAACACAACUAAUAGAUUACCACUUGUGGCCCUUCCACCACAAUCACAACAACAGGCAUUGUUGCAGAGAUUACAACAAGCACCUUUGCCACAAUCUACUCAGGCACCUCCAACAUCACAAGCAGCUGGAAAAAGUCAUCCUUCACCAUUGCCUCAUUCACUGACAUCUCAAGUUCCAAGAUCAUCACAAGUCCCCACAAGUCCGCUCCCUCCAACAUCAUUAUCACAGUCACAUCCGACUCUUCCAUCACCAACACAGUCUGCUUCAUUACCAGUCAUAAAGCAAGAAGUAGCAGAUCCUCCAGAAACACCAGAAGUUUUUAUGAAUGAAAAUUAUGAUGAGAAUGAAACUAAACCAGAUGUCUCCGACUCGAGACACUUGGAGCAGGAUGUGGCAAUUGCAGGACCCUCAGGAUUGCAAGGGUCUUCAGAUAACUGGGAUGGUGACAGUGACUUGGCUGGUUUUGCUGGAGGUGAGGGUUACUCUGAGAGCGGGCUGGACGAUCAGGGAGACUCGGAAGUUCAGGGGGUGAGUGUUGUGCUCUUUACUUUCAAUGCUUUUGGCAGUAAAGGGCUUGUAAUUACAAAAAAAUGGUACUGUGCUAUUAUGAAAGUUGAGUAAAUUUCUAUUAUGGUUUAUAAAAUUUAGUCUUCAUUUGAGAUCACCUCACUGGUGGUACAGGUACUUAAUAUCACUGUUAAUAUAUCUUUCAAAUCCUUUACUUCCAAAAUGUCACAAGAAGGUAAGCUUGGUUUUUGCCCAGUUGAAUUUUUUAUGCAAGUGCAUACCAUAUUUUGGUAUGGAUAAAUAGUAUACUUAUUGAUGAUUUUAAUAAUUGUGUAACUAAGCUUAUUUUCAUUGUUAGUAGUUGUAAGUAGAAAAUGGGACCAGAAUCAUCAAAUUGCUACUUUUGUUGAUCUGUGUAAAUAUGUUUAUAUUUUAGAUGGUAGUGUGUGAAUGUACUGUGCAUAGUUGACUGUUCUUGAUGGUCAGAAGGAUGAGGAAAGAGCAAAUGAUUUUUUGAUGCAAAUACUGAGAUUGUAGAUACUUUCUUUUUAUGACUGCUGAAAGAAUAUUUUAUUGCAAAAGGUUUGAAUCAAAAUACAGUGCUUUUUAGUCACAGUACAUUACUGUAAAUAGGGUUUUAGAGAGUUUCAGUAAUUUGGCAGGUUACCGGUAGCUAAUCAACAAAUGUGUAAAUAGAUGACGUGCAAGAAGCUCAGAGAUGUUGUAUGUAUAUUGUGGGCAGACAUUAAGUUGAGAUAAGAAUCUAUGAGGAAGUUAUAUUUAAAAAUGAAUUGAUAGCAGUGUCACUCACAUAGAUGAAUAAAAGUAACUUGUUACUGGAUCAAAAGUCUCAAGAAAAAUCUCAUCUGUUGUGUUCUUUUAAGUACAUAAUUGGCAGAUAUACAAAAUGUAUUCCGAAUAUGAAGAUACAAGAAAUAUAAAAAAUGUUCAUCUAGUUCUGUAUCUAUGUGCUAAGUUGCAGUGGUGCAGAAGAAAUGCAUAUGCCAGAAACAUUGAGAUUUAAAGGAGGCAAAUAGUAAUGAAUCUUAGUAAGAAAAACAUUAGUAUUAUUGAAAGUGCACACAUGAUAAUACAGAAUGUAAAAGUUAAACCAAAAUGCUUUUAAAGAAAUAGUGUAGGUAAAAGAAUGUUUAUAAAUAGGUGAGGCACCGGUAUUAAAAGGCAGCUCUAUAGCCUAAUUUUUCAACUUGAAUAAGGUUAUUUAUGAAAGAGAUGAAAAACUGAAGAUCCUGAGAGAGGACAAAUUAUAUACCUCAACUAUAUAGUGCAGCCAUACUUUUUCAUUUGUAUAAAGCAUUAUUUUUGAACAUUGCAUUAAGGUGGAUACUGGAAGAUGUUUAAUUAUGUCUCAAUAAUGUAUGGUGUGAAUAUACACAGAACAAGAAGUAAAGGAAUUUGAACGCAAUGUGGUGUUAAAAAAGUACUCUGUUAUUAGGAAAGUAGAAGACUGGUUGUUAAAAAGGUGCAAGGUAGGCUGAACAAUAGAAUAUGAAUGUGGGGUUAGAUGAUUAGUAAUGUAGGGGACAUCAAGGAAGGGUUUGAAGAAGAGUUUAGCUUGUUUUGAAAGGUAGUAGGGGUCAAACAUCAAGCAGGCAUAUGUGGACAUGCGUCAGAUUGCAGUGAAGGAAAGUGCUUUUUGAGAUUUUACUUGCAUGGUAGUGUAUUAAGGGUUUCAGGAAUAUUGGUUAGUUGGAUUUGAGUUUUAUCAGAUGGGAGUAUGAAGCCUGAUGCCUGUGUUUUCAAAGACAGUUAUUGAAUGAAGCCAGCAUUUUGAAAGAGUUAUUUUGUAAUGAGACAACCAUUAAUAAUUUCACAACAGCAAUGACAAACAUCGACUGGCAAACUGAGCUAGAAAUCUCUACAGAUACUGACGAAUGUAUUAAUAAUGUUCUUAAAAAGACCCAAUGUCUCUAUAACAAGCACUGCCCUAAAAAAACUAAACAGAUCAUAGCUAAGAGAUUGAACAGUCCCUAGCUAAUGCCCAGCACCCUCAAAUCCAUAAAUAUGAAGCACCUAUAUGAAAAACAGUACAGAAUGGGUCAAAUAACCAGGGACCAAACAAAACGUUACUCAUCAAUUCUGACCAGCCUGAUAAGAAUGGCAAAAAAAUUGUAU